UUUUGCCGGACGUGAAAUUUCGUGACAGCUGCUACACUGUAUAGCUGAUACAAUGGCGGACAAAUCACCCCGGUUAAGUGUGUGUAUUGAUCUCUAUGACUCGCCAACUCUUACAAAAGCUGUUGAAUAUGCUUACAAUGAAGGUAAACAUCUCACGAAGUUACUGCCAUCAGGAAAAAAUGCUAGCUUUACCUCAACAUAGUUACAAUUAUGUGUGUACCAACAUGACACUGCCAUCGGAGGAUUCAGACGGAAUCAACGCCCGAGGACCUCAUGAGGUACCUAGCAACACCGUACAGGAGGGUGUACAAGGCCGGGUACUGCCCGGACUCGAACUUGACGAUCCAGGCAUGGAUGAAGUGACACGAAAACGCAACGAACUAUUACUCAGGAGAGAACUUGAGCACUCAACCUUCCUCGGCGUGUCCGUCGUGCAAUUAGACCUAACAAAAAGGAAUGCACACUUUUCGCUCGUUCUUCAGGAUACUCUUCAUCGGCUAGAACAUAAUCAUAGUGUCCCUGUAAUUUGGGCUCGGGUCCCACUAAGUGGUCCGCCAGAAGACGAAUUCGAGCCGUUCCGUCGUUGGGAAGCCUUUCGCCAAUCGUGUUCAGAGCCCGCUCGUAUCUGGGUUUCGCUAGUUAUUCCGGAAGAUUUACCAGAAGCUGUUGAUGAAAUUCUUAACUUGUGGAUGGCUGAACAGGUGGCAUCCCUGACGAUUUCAACUACGUUAUUCCUUUUAAAUGCAAAUAAUUUUCCUGUACUAGCGAAAGCACACCAAGCUGUUGUUCGCAGGCUGUUAGGUCUUCAUCCAAUCGUAACCGUGACUAACUGCUGGCCACCGACCGCCUCUGAAAUCAUGGGGAAAAGUGGCACGAUUAUCCCAAAAUUGUACGCCGACUAUUUGAACCACAUGUUCGCCCGAAGAGAACAUGUGGGACCUCUACAAGAGCAAUUCACGUUGGGUUAUCAGGAUCAACUACAGAUUCCUCUGCAACCAUUAGCAGAUCACCUCGAAAGUAUUACAUAUGAAGUGUUUGAGAAGGAUCCAGUGAAAUAUGCCAAAUACCGGGAAGCGUUGACCGCUGCUUUCGAGGAUAGGCGUGGCAUGAUUGAGGAACGACAGAGUCCUCUAAUUGUCAUGGUAGUCGGAGCAGGCCGAGGUCCUUUGGUUCAGGCUUGUAUCGAUUGCUCGAUUCAGACCGAUGUUCCUGUGAAGUUGUUUGCAGUUGAAAAAAAUCCAAGUGCUGCAACUGUCCUUCGGAUUUUAAAUCGCGACAGCUGGGACCGUCAGGUUACGGUGGUGGAUAGUGAUAUGCGGACGUGGGAACCACCAGGCGGGGAGCGCGCCGACAUUCUUGUAUCCGAGCUGCUCGGAAGUUGGGGCGACAACGAACUCUCCCCAGAAUGCCUUGACGGGGCCCAACGCUUACUUCAGCCUGACGGAAUUAGCGUUCCAUCUUGUUAUAAUUCGUACGUGAACCCUGUACAGUGUCCCCAGUUGCAUCGGCAGGCUCGGCAACUGAGAGAAGAUGUCCUUGUUCACGAAGGCCAACUCCAAACGCCUUACGUUGUGUAUUUCAGGCAUGUCAAUCAUUUAGCACCGCCGCAGCGUCUGUUCUCGUUCAGCCACCCAAACAGAACGUUUGAGGGUAUGCCACCCUCUGACAACUCGCACAACGAACGCUGGGCAGAGCUAAGCUUCAAGUCGAAGAGCUCGUGCACGUUUCACGGGUUUGCCGGAUAUUUCGAUUGCGUCCUUUACAAGGAUAUUAUUAUCAGUAUUGAGCCGUCAACGCACACCCCUGAAAUGAAUUCGUGGUUUCCGAUGUAUAUUCCAAUUUCCGAUCCUCAACCUGUGAAAAAGGGAGAGACAAUUACGGCCACAUUUUGGCGCAAAACCUCAUCCACAAAGGUGUGGUAUCAAUGGUUGGUGACAUCUCCGUACCAGUCAGUCAUGCACAACGUGGGAGGGCGCUGUAGCAAUAUCGGGCUUAUGUUAUAAUCAUAAUUAGUCGUUUGACAUGUCUGUGACCUGGAACAUUUCAUGCUGAUCUAACUAUCGGUGUAGUCACGAUAAUGUCACGACUGUUGCUGAUACCGUGCGGCAUCCGCCUUGCACGUGACAUGUCACGGUACAGAUAGGUAGAAACUAAUAUAUGGCCGCAGUACCCGCAGUCUGGACGAAGGCGCAUCGUGAUGCGUUGGAAUGGAUUAGAGCUGAAAAGACAUUCGACCGAACGACACGGAUCACGCCCGAGAAAAGCACACACGUAUGCCGAAAAUUAAUUUUGUGCUAAUAAUAAUUGCGCUGAGAAAGUUUGCUUCAACUGGUGACACGAGUUGCAUAAUAUUAUAAUGCAUAGAUAAAUCAUCGAAGUUUCCGUUGGUGAACCGUCUUAGCGCUUUUGGUAAUAUCCAUAAAGUUUAUUUUAUCAAGCCUGAAAAAAUAAGAUUGUAUGUAAUAACGUCGGCAGAUAUUCUCGAUGCAAAUGCAUAUACGUAUACAAUGUGUAAAACACUAUUAACGGAAACAGUUUUGUCGCUACUAUAAAUUGUUCCACUUAGGGAGCCGAGGUUGUCUUUUUGGCAAUGACGACGCCAAACGCUGACGAUGAUGAUGACACUUAGGGGGAGGGAAAGCAUAAGCUGGUGUUAACGAAAACUGGAUUAAUACGUCGCCUAAGUGGCAACCAACAAUUUUCCUUGAACAAGCUGCGUCCUCAUUAGCUGUGUAGGUGACAUCAUUGUACAUUACUAUUAUAUGAUGGCUGUAUUCAAGUGCUUUCUAUAGAUAUUAAUGCGUUCACAGCACCGCACAAGGUGUGGCAUUAUGAAGAUACUAUUCAUCGAUUAUCAUGACUAAGAUUAUUAACAGAGUUGCAAACACUGUAUUCGAAUUUCCUAUAUAAACUUAAAUUGGGAACUGAAGAUUAUCUUACAGUAAAUUAAUGUGCUGUGUCAAGCCUGUGUUCUAGUGUCUAAGAAGAACAAACAGAUUUGUCAAAAAAACGUUCACACGGUCAAAUAAAAUUUCAAAGGACGGCAAUCAAGGUCUAAACACUGCCUUUUUUGUCGUUACCAAGUUUCCAAAUCAUAUUAUCUUUAUUCAUUAAUGACUUCUGCAUCGUUUCACGGAUGACAGAACUUCAGUUCCAAGAAGUGGCUCAAUGAGUACUCACGACUCAUUUGUAACCUGUUUAUAGCGUUUAGUAUCGACAAUGUUUCGCGCCAACUUUAAGACAAAUCACCUAUGAACCGGUAACCCGAACAUGUUUUUUUUUUGGAAAACCAUAACGCCCUUUAGUUUAUCCGUUGAAUUAGACGCAAAGUGUUAUCGUUCUGGGUGUUUGUACCCAUUUUUCUAUAUUCCGCCGGGGGCCGCGAGUCAUCUUUGGCAUAUAUAUCAUUACAGGUUUCUUCUUGGUUCAUCUUAGCGUUGCAAGCCAUCGCUGUGGGAGACGUUUCAUUUGUACAUAACCAUUAAACACAUGACCUUGUUUUUAUGGCAAAUCUUUCAAUCAAACGACGAUAGCCGUAGUUGGGAACACUUGCAAGAGCUAUAAACACCGUGUGUAUACUACACUGGCCUUGAGGAUUAUUUAGGUCCACAUAUUGUUCGUUAAAAUUGUUCUAUUAAAGGUCGGUUAGCUUAAUACACUUGGGGUGUAACAGAAGAUCCUCGAAGUAUCCACCACAAUAAGAAGGAUUAGGUAUUUAAGCGAAUGUCGGCACUGCAAUUAGCUGCUUCUAGCAACUUUUUUAGGCAUCGCCCCUGAAAUUGAACUCCAGGUAAAACGAAAGAUUUCAUUCUUGCGCUUAUUCUUCGCAUUCUUAUUCUAAUAGCAUGAAAUUCCUGCGCUUCACUUUAACAACCUGUAAAUCAGAUCAUUCAGAAACUAGCACGGAUACAGUUUUAGUUUGCUUGGUUAUUGUAUUGCUUUUCGUGCUCAGUGCUGCUCUCUGUCACUAAAAUUAGACUACCGCUAUUUAUGAAAAAUGUGUUGUCCUACUGCAGGCUGGCCUUUCGAGUCGGCAACAAGUUUUAUUGUUAUUCAACUCGUCCAACAAUUA